AUGGUGGGGUCUUUGAAGACGUCAUGGCUUUCAAUACUCCUGCUGUACUGCGCUUUGGAGCUUGUUUACAAGAAAAAUCGUUCUUCAGGCAGCGGUCAAGCGACGGACGUGGACGUCCGCCUGGCGGCGCCUGCGUGGGUGGCGCGCGGCGGGUCGGCGACGCUGCGCUGCCUGCACCAGGUGCCGCCGCAGCUGCUCUACAAGGUCGAGUUCCUGAGGACCGGCACCAAGCUGCUGCAGUACGUCCGCGAGAGGGUGCCGCCUUUCACUAGCUAUACUUUCCCGGGAGGGAAGCUUAAUAUGACGCUAUCGACUGAAGAUUCAAUAACAAUAGACAACAUGGACCCUUCGGCCUCGGGGCUGUACUGGUGUGAGGUGUCGCUGGAGACACCCAUCUUUACUGCAGCCUCCAAUCCACAUCAGCUGACUGUAGUUUAUUCACAAAAGCACCCACCGAUCAUAACCUUCGGUAAGCCAGACGUGGUGGUCGGCGGUCUGCUGCGCGCCAACUGCACCAGCGCGCCUGCUGCGCCCGCGCCGCGCCUUACCUGGUACAUUGAUAAUGAGAAGGUCGAUGAAGAAUCAGUAAAAUACUUCUCCUACCGAGUAUCAAGCUCCACCCGAACCAAAGGCGGUGGUGGAUACAGGCCUAGGAAACACCAGCACCGCUACAUAGCACCAGAGUUCAAUUAUACAGCCAAAUACUGGGCGCUCGUCAGCGAGACGACAGUGGCGCCACACGUCAACCACACCAAGCAUCACAAGUGCACUUUAAAAGACGCGCAGAGCGAAGAAAUGGCGAAGAUUCAAGAAAGACCACGGGUGCCGCCAGCUAUUCCCAUAUCCCUAUGGGUUUCCAUAGCGGAGCUGCGUGCGCCUGCCCACGGCCGUCUUCAACUGACGUGCACCGCCACCAUCCCGGACGAAGUCGGUCCUGGGGAGAAGUUUGCUGAUAUUAAGAAGCAAACUGUCACUGUGGCAGUCAACGAACUAAGUUUGAAGAAACCAAUUUCUGAAACAAGCCAUGCGAACGCCACAUCCAGCUGCCUCCAAACGUACCCGCUUUGGCUCCUCGGUUGCGGUCUCAUAUUUCGUGAAUUUACACUCCAAUUAAAUUGAAUGAUGCCAUGAAUCUUGCCUCUCCUCGAUCAACGUUCACCUGCGAAACUGCUUAUAGAUGCAGUCUCAAUAUUUCUUAGGUACCCAUUAUUUAUACUAUACUGUUAUGUGUACCUUUAGGGUUUGAGCACA